CAACAUUUUAAGUCACAGGACCUUUACGUUGUGUUUGUCCCUGUGUGGACAGACAUGAUGUGAGCUAAUUCUUCCUGAUUCCUCCACAGAGUGGACCAGGAGAGCUCAGAGGUUCCCAGUGGUCAGUCUGCCCAGCCGCAUCAAACACACCUGGACUCCAUAUUUAUGUUGCUGGAGGAGAACAUCGUCACUUUUGUGAAGAAUGAGCUGAAGAAGAUCCAGAAGGUUUUGAGACCAGAUUACCCAGAAUGCUCAGAGAGUCAAAGGGAGGGUGAGGAUGAAGACCAGAAGAGGAGCAGAGAGGCAUUUCUGAAGAUCGCGCUGCACUUCCUGAGGAGAAUGAAGCAGGAUGAGCUGGCUGACCGUCUGCAGAGCAGAAGUCCUGCUGGAGUUUGUAAGCGUAAACUCAAAUCUAACCUAAACAAGAAGUUCCAGUGUGUGUUUGAGGGGAUUGCUAAAGCAGGAAACCCAACCCUUCUGAAUCAGAUGUUCACACAGAUCUACAUCACAAAGGGGGGGACUGCAGAGGUCAAUGCUGAACAUGAGGUCAGACAGAUUCAAACAGCAUCCAGGAAACCAGACAGACCAGAAACAACAAUCAGUCAAGAAGACAUCUUUAAAACCACACCUGGAAGAGAUGAACCAAUCAGAACAGUGAUGACAAAGGGAGUGGCUGGCAUCGGGAAAACAGUCUUAACACAGAAGUUCACUCUGGACUGGGCUCAAGGCAAAGCCAACCAGGACAUCCAGUUCACAUUUCCAUUCACCUUCAGAGAGCUGAAUGUGCUGAAAGAGAAGAAGUACAGCUUGGUGGAACUUGUUGAUUACUUCUUUAGUGAAACCAAAGAAGCAGGAAUCUGCAGGUUUGAAGAGUUCCCGGUUGUGUUCAUCUUUGACGGUCUGGAUGAGUGUCGACUUCCUCUGGACUUCCACAACAGUAAAAUCUUGACUGAUGUUACAAAGUCCACCUCAGUGGGUGUACUGCUGACAAACCUCAUCAGAGGGAAUCUGCUUCCCUCUGCUCGCCUCUGGAUAACCACACGACCUGCAGCAGCCAAUCAGAUCCCUCCUGGGUGUGUUGACAUGGUGACAGAGGUCAGAGGGUUCACUGACCCACAGAAGGAGGAGUACUUCAGGAAGAGAUUCAGAGAUGAGGAGCAGGCCAGCAGAAUCAUCUCCCACAUCAAGACAUCACGAAGCCUCCACAUCAUGUGCCACAUCCCAGUCUUCUGCUGGAUCACUGCUACAGUUCUGGAGGACGUGUUGAAGACCAGAGAGGGAGGAGAGCUGCCCAAGACCCUGACUGAGAUGUACAUCCACUUCCUGGUGGUUCAGUCCAAAGUAAAGAACAUCAAGUAUGACGGAGGAGCUGAGACAGAUCCACACUGGAGUCCAGAGAGCAGGAAGAUGAUCCAGUCUCUGGGAAAACUGGCUUUCGAGCAGCUGCAGAAAGGCAACCUUAUCUUCUAUGAAUCAGACCUGACAGAGUGUGGCAUCAAUAUCACAGCAGCCUCAGUGUGCUCAGGAGUGUUCACACAGAUCUUUAAAGAGGAGAGAGGACUGUACCAGGACAAGGUGUUCAGCUUCGUUCAUCUGAGUGUUCAGGAGUUUCUGGCUGCUCUUCAUGUCCAUCUGACAUUCACCAACUCUGGAGUCAACCUGCUGGCAGAAGAAGAAACAAUCCCUCGGGUGCCUAAAGUCUUCAGAGUCAAACCUAAAGUAAAAUGUCUCCUUCAGAGUGCUGUGGACGAAGCCUUACAGAGUCCAAAUGGACACCUGGACUUGUUCCUCCGCUUCCUCCUGGGUCUUUCACUGCAGACCAAUCAGACUCUCCUACGAGGCCUGAUGACACAGACAGGAAGUAGCUCAGAGACCAAUCAGGAAACAGUGGACUACAUCAAGAAGAAGAUCAGUGAGAAUCUGUCUGCAGAGAGAAGCAUCAAUCUGUUCCACUGUCUGAAUGAACUGAAUGAUCAUUCUCUAGUGAAGCAGAUCCAACAGUCAAUAAGUUCAGGAAAUUUCUCCACAGAUAAACUGUCUCCUGCUCAGUGGUCAGCUCUGGUCUUCAUCUUACUGUCCUCAGAAAAAGAUCUGGACGUGUUUAACCUGAAGAAAUACCAUGCUUCAGAGGAGGCUCUUCUGAGGCUGCUGCCAGUGGUCAAAGCCUCCAAAAAAGCUCUGUAA